UCCAGCGGGCGAAAUGCUUCAGUCAUCUUGUUGAAUUUUCUCCAAGAAAAACGACUCAGAAUGUGGGCACCGGGCCCCGGUCCAAGAGCUUCACGAGUCCCCUGUAUUCAACACAGCAGAGCGAAAAAGAGUGCAUUUUGAUCUGAAUCACACAAAUGGCGGACAACUCCAGUUUGGAAGGGCGCGUGGCCAUCGUGACGGGUGCAUCGCGAGGGAUUGGCAGAGAAAUCGCCCUCCAUUUGGGCGUCAAAGGAGCUCAUGUCGUGGUCUGUUACCACAUAAACGCAGACAAAGCGGAGGAAGUGGUCGCCAUAAUUAACAACAAUCGUGGCGUAGGCAGAGCAAUUACUUGCAAGGCCGAUGUUUCCAAGGCCUCGGACGUGGGCACUCUCUUCGACAGGGCCGAGCAAAUCUUCGGGGGUGUCCACAUAUUCGUAAACAGCGCUGGUGUGGCGAGCUCCACAAACACACCGGUGGCGGAAACUCCUGAAGAGGAGUGGGAGUUUAUCUUCAAUGUGAAUGUCACGGGGGCAUUCCUGGGCUGCAGAGAGGCGGCGAAGAGGGUCGUCAGAGGCGGUGGGGGACGCAUUAUACGCAUUUCGAGCUCCGCCGUGGGGUGGCUGAGGCCCGGACAUGGAGCUUACGCGGCCAGUAAGGCGGCGGUGGAGACGAUGAUUAAAAUUCUGGCGAGGGAAUUGAGGGGCACCAAGAUCACGGCCAAUUGCGUGGCCCCGGGGCCUGUGGCGUCGGAUACGUACUUUGCUGGGAAGAGUGAGGCCCUGAUUGAACGUGUUGCUAAGGAGGUUCCGUUUGAACGCCUGGGUGAGGUCGGUGACGUGGCUGGUGUGGUGGGGCUCCUCGCCAGUGAUGGAGGUGAGUGGGUUAAUGCUCAGGUUGUCCGGGCUAAUGGUGGUGCUCCCUGAGUUUAAAUUUUAAUAAUCCAUAAAGAUUUGAUAUAUGAUGUUGAUAUUAAAGUUACAAUUGUGAUUAUUAGUACUUUAUUAUGUAAAGUUUGGUUUUUCUUGGAUUUUUGUGUUGUGCUUCUUGUCAUUUUGUAAACAAGAGAAACUCAUUGACUCAUGUUUUAUGAAUGGUUCACAAGAAUCUAUCUUUUGUGAGAAUGAGUGGUACACUUAACAUUCAUUGCAUCUAGGUGAUGUUGACGAAGGUGAAACAUAGGGCCUUUCCCAAGAGGUAACCCAUCCCAAUACUACUCCAACUUAAGCACAUUUGACUAUGGAGGGAGGUCACCCAUCCCAGUACUACUCCAAUUCAAGUGCAUUUGACUAUGGAGGGAGGUCACCCAUCCCAAUACUACUCCAACUUAAACAUGUAUAAUCAUGGAGUUUCCUCCAAGGUUAAGCCCACUUAGCUUGCUACCCCAUAUCGUUUUUCUGACUUUUUGUGUUGCCGCUCUUUUUGU